AGGAUUUCGUUACUAUGUACAGUUCGGAGAAGAGUUGCUGGAAACUGCUUGACUGCAUCAGCAACUAGAGACAUAAAAAGCAAGUCAGGAAUAGCAAAACUGUAGACUCUGUCGCUCGCUGGCUUGAAGAGCAUCAGCAGUGGAGAACUAUGACAACACAGCAAGUCCUGUUACUUCUUUUGCUCUGGAUGUGGCUGCCGCAUCCCUGCCGUACAGAGAUGCUGUUCAGAAGGACUCCUGAUCUCAGACCCAAAAGUUUUGUGGGCCGUGCAUCAGGGAAUGAUGGAAAAGUGAUCCACCGCCAGAAGCGAGGCUGGAUGUGGAACCAGUUUUUUCUCUUAGAGGAAUAUACAGGAUCUGAUUAUCAGUAUGUAGGCAAGCUUCACUCUGAUCAGGACAAAGGAGAUGGAUCCCUCAAAUACAUUUUGUCAGGAGAUGGGGCUGGUACUCUUUUUAUAAUUGAUGAGAAAACAGGUGACAUUCAUGCUACCCGGAGAAUUGACAGAGAAGAGAAGGCCUUUUAUACCCUGCGUGCCCAAGCUAUUAACAGAAGAACUCUGAGACCAGUGGAACCUGAAUCUGAGUUUGUCAUCAAAAUCCACGACAUCAAUGACAAUGAACCAACAUUUCCAGAAAAAAUUUACACUGCUAGUGUUCCUGAAAUGUCAGUAGUGGGUACUUCUGUCGUGCAAGUUACAGCUACUGAUGCCGAUGAUCCUUCAUACGGAAACAGUGCCAGAAUAAUUUAUAGCAUACUUCAGGGACAACCCUAUUUCUCUGUGGAACCAGAAACAGGCAUCAUCAGGACUGCUUUGCCAAACAUGAACAGAGAGAACAGGGAGCAGUACCAAGUAGUUAUCCAGGCAAAGGACAUGGGAGGCCAGAUGGGUGGAUUAUCAGGGACCACCACCGUGAACAUCACUUUGACUGAUGUCAACGACAAUCCGCCUCGAUUCCCCCAGAGUACCAUCCACCUGCGCAUUCCCGAGUCCUCCCCAGUUGGAACAGCCAUUGGCAGCGUCAAAGCCACAGAUGCAGACACUGGAAAAAAUGCAGAAGUAGAGUACAGAAUUAUAGAUGGUGAUGGGACAGAUAUGUUUGAUAUCAUGACACAGAAGGACACACAGGAAGGCAUCAUAACUGUGCGAAAGCCACUAGACUAUGAGACGAGACGUCUUUAUACCUUGAAAGUGGAAGCUGAGAAUACCCAUGUGGAUCCACGCUUCUAUUAUCUUGGGCCUUUCAAAGAUACAACUAUUGUGAAAAUCUCUGUAGAAGAUGUAGAUGAACCUCCUGUCUUCAGCAGAUCUUCUUACCUUUUUGAGGUGCAUGAAGAUAUUGAGUUGGGGACAAUAAUAGGAACGGUAAUGGCACGGGAUCCUGAUUCGGCCUCAAGUCCAAUAAGGUUUUCUUUGGAUCGUCACACCGACCUUGACAGGAUAUUUAAUAUUCAUUCUGGAAAUGGGUCCAUCUAUACGUCUAAGCCCCUUGACCGUGAGAUAUCACAAUGGCACAACCUUAGUGUUAUAGCAGCUGAGAUCAACAACCCUAAAGAUACUACUCGUGUUCCCGUCUACGUACGAAUUUUGGAUGUUAAUGACAAUGCCCCACAGUUUGCUGUAUUCUAUGAUACUUUUGUCUGUGAAAAUGCAAGAGCUGGACAGCUUAUUCAAACCAUAAGUGCAGUAGACAAAGAUGACCCUCUUGGUGGACAAAAAUUUUUCUUCAGUUUAGCUGCUGUUAACCCCAACUUCACUGUUCAGGAUAAUGAAGAUAACACUGCCAGGAUCUUGACAAGAAGGAAUGGCUUUAGUCGGCAUGAAAUAAGUACCUACCUUCUACCCGUGGUGAUAUCAGACAAUGACUACCCGAUCCAGAGCAGCACAGGCACGCUGACCAUCCGAGUGUGCGCCUGCGACAGCCAGGGGAACAUGCAGUCCUGCAGCGCUGAGGCCCUGCUCCUCCCGGCCGGCCUCAGCACCGGGGCGCUCGUCGCCAUCCUCCUCUGCAUUGUCAUCCUGCUGGUGAUAGUGGUGCUGUUUGCUGCUCUAAAAAGGCAACGAAAGAAGGAGCCUUUGAUCCUCUCUAAAGAGGACAUCAGAGACAACAUUGUGAGUUAUAAUGAUGAAGGCGGUGGAGAAGAAGACACUCAAGCCUUUGAUAUUGGCACUCUGAGGAAUCCUGCAGCUAUCGAAGAUAAGAAGCUUCGACGAGACAUUAUCCCUGAAACGUUAUUUGUACCGCGGAGGACUCCUUCAGCACCAGACAACACAGAUGUCCGAGAUUUCAUUAACCAAAGGCUAAAAGAGCACGACACUGACCCUUCUGCACCGCCAUACGACUCGCUUGCAACUUACGCCUACGAAGGGAAUGAUUCAAUAGCUGAAUCCUUGAGCUCCUUAGAGUCGGGUACUACCGAAGGAGACCAAAACUAUGAUUACCUCCGCGAAUGGGGCCCUCGGUUUAACAAGUUAGCUGAAAUGUACGGUGGAGGGGAAAGUGACAAAGACACUUCUUAACCUACAGUAGGCUACAUUUUCCUUUCCUUUGAGCGGAAGUAAUUUUACAGACACCUUCUGCACUCAACAGUAUUUAACAUUCAGGAAAAAUUUCCUGCCACUCAGCACAAUGGUUUCCUUUUGAAAUUUGUUUUUAAUUUUGUCCGUUAAUGUCAUUCAUUCUUUCUAGUAGGAUGCCACUUGGAAUAUAUACAGCAUUUUAUUUAAUCACCCUCCAAGAGCCAAAGCUAUGGAAAUUCAGUGUUGUCCAUUUUAGUAAGUAAAA